AUAUCAUUUUUAAAAAUAUUCUUACGUGCCACACAUGCAUACAGAUGUUUAAAGGGAAAUUAGUUAGAAGAAUGCCAGUUUGGAGCUUAUUUCUGAUUUCCACAUAUGCAAAAGAAACUGCAGUUGGCAAGGUACAGCUGAACCAGAACAGUAUCCUGUAGCUAUGUGUCCUGCAAUAUAUUAGGAAAAAAAGAAUGCUUGCAAUAAAAGAGACCACUCCCAGUACACCCUCACAAGAUGGGUAUGUUUUACUCUUGGUUCUGCUCUCAAUCUUUAUCGGAGGAACACUUCUUCUACUCACUGGGGUCCUUAUUCUCUGCAAACGCUGCUGUGACUCCCGUCUACGGCAAUCUAGACCCAGUGAUGAUGCAGAAAAAACAAACACUUCAUAUGUGGAUGAAUCCCAGCCACCUCAUGAAAUUACAAUCCGAGUGGAGGAUGCAGAGUCUUUGUCAGCCACAGCUCUCAGAGAUAUGGAGUCAGAGAGAUUUUUGUGUACAACUUCCAGUGGAAGAAGAGUAUCGUUUAAUGAAGGUGCUCUUUGUGGACAAGAAAGGAGGGAUAGGGAAAAAGGAAGAAGGUACACCCUAACUGAAGGAGAUUUUCACUAUCUCAAAAAUGCACGGCUUACAUUUCAACCUCUCCCAUCACUGCCCCCCACUGCUCUACACAUCCUAACCAUACAUGAGAGUGAAGGUGGUGAAAGCAGUAGCAGUGGAGGGGCUUCUGAGACAAGACCAACUUCUCCCAGCAAAUCCAAUAUCUCAAUAUAUCAGCCCCCCCGCAGUUCUCCCGCACCAGUGACUCGCCUAUCACUCAGUCUAAAUUCUGCUCUUCCUGGAGAUAUGUACAAUUCUGUGGCCGAUGCCAGCUUUAUGGAAACCCCAGUGCACAGUCCUCCCACCCCUAGACAAAGUCCAGCCAGUGACAAUUUCGACUUCAACAGCCAUCCCCAAGGUUGUAGAGGACCAGAUGUAGGGCCUAGUAGAGGACAUGGUGCUGUCCUGCAUUUUUUCAGCCGUCUGCGUCGCCAUGCAAGUUUGGAAGGAGCAAGCCCUUAUUUAAAGAUCAAAAAAUGGAAACUAGGAAAUGUGCAGAGAGCAAGCAGCCUUGACACUAGAGGGUCUCCAAAGCGGCACCAGUUUCAACGUCAGAGAGCAGCAAGUGAGAGUGCUGAACGAGAUGAUGUUAUACAGUACAUUGUUCGCACACAAGAUACCUUUCCAUCUUCCCCUGGACACUUCAUCUCACAGCAUGGGACCCCACCACACUCUCUCGGCAGGUUAGACCAUGGGGCAGAGGGCUCUCUAUCAAAUAUAGGGAGUACCGAGCAGGCGCAGCUUCCCCCUCAGUGUGACAUUUGGAGCUUACGUGCAUCUCUGGAGCUUUGUGCUUCUGACCAAAGCAGCAGUAACAAUGACCGUGACUCAGUUAGAAGUGAUGCAGAUAGUGUGAGCUCUUUGAGUGGACUUCCUAGUCUUUCUUCCCAGGACCUGCCUGAUGGCCGAUCCACACGUGGUUCAGAGUCAGAUACAGGAUCCCGAAAACUACUACAGAUGGACAGUGGUUAUGCUUCUAUUGAAGCCCCCUGUCGCUCUGCAGAGGAGCCAUGUAGCAGUCCUCGUGACAAAACUGCAUCUGAGAAAAGACUGUUUUUCACUUAUGCUGGGAGAAAAGGUACUGUCUUUGAGAGUUUGGAAGGUCGUUUAUAUGAACAAAGUGCUUCAAAAGGUGAGGAAGAAGCUUGGUAUCCACAAGGCCAGGCACCAACCCCACGGGAAUCCAUCUCACGACGAGAUUACAGCAUUGAUGAGAAAACAGAUGCACUAUUUAAUGAGUUUCUAAGGCAUGACCCCCAAUAUGAUGACUCUCCUCUGCGUAUGAAGCAUCGAUCUCGUGCCCAUCUUCGAAAACAGUGGCAGAGGACAAAGCAGUAUAGUGACCCAGGAGUACGUUAUCCCCCAGCACUGGACAGACACCGUGCACAACCACUACGUAGAGGAGACAGUACUAGCUACCUGACUGACACACGAUACCACAGCACUUUGCCAAGGAUUGCAAGCACCACAGAUGAAGAAGGGGUUGAUGGCUGUCUGCAAAGCUCUGCUUCACUUACUCCUGAAGACAAAAUCCAGGCAAUCGAGGAGGAGCCCAGUGAGCACGGUCCAGGUCUUGAAGAGCCCCGUCCUGCCCCAGAUGAUCCUGAUCAAGAUUAUGGUUAUGGACCACAAACAACAGAGCUACUUGAAAAGAUAGGUGCAGGUUUAGAGGAGCGGCUAUACCCCAGUGUACAGAGGACAGCACGUAGUCCUGAAAGACUUUGCACUGUGGCAUAUAUUUCACCAGAUCAUAGUCCAGUGUAGAACUGAUGAAAAGAGAGAAGAACCCAGGAAUUUGCAGCAGGGAGGUAGAUAUUUUGUUACUGAACUAGUACAACAUUCACUGCUUCCAAACACUGCAGUGCCAAAUAAUGGAAAACAGUAGUAGCUCACUCAUCCAUUGUGUGUGUUUGUAAUAUAUAUUAUAAAUAUAUAUAUACAUACACACCUACAUACAUAGACAUUCCCAUCCUCUCUCUCUCUCUCUCAAGCUGCCAUACUGUGCUAUAUGGACACUAAGCAUGACUGUAAAUACAAGCAGCACAUUUGCAACAUGAACAAAACAUCCCUAAGAACACAUACAGCAUGAUGGCUCAAAUUGCAUCAUUUACACAGGCACACAGAAGCUGUACAAUUUUCUUCCAAGCAAUAUAAAAUUUCUUCCUGACUACUGGAAAAUAUGCACUGCCCUCAGGAAUUCUGCACCAGGAAAGUAUAGCAGGAAGGUAUAAAGGCUCCUCCAGCUCUCUUUUUGUUUGCUGCCAUUCUGGAUCUCUAUAUCCAAAAAAAAAAAAAAAAAACUGAGAGUCACAAGGAAUGAUGGAGUGGAAGAUGGAAAGCUGCAUAAUAUUGCACCUGUUUUGGGGUGGCGUGUAUUUAUUUUUUUAAGCAAAUUCUUGUUUCUGUAUAUAUGGGUCAGUUCUUCCCAUGUAUUCUCACAAUUGCACACUGUGGGGUACUUUUUCCCAUUGAUAGGUAUUUCCCUUAUUAAAUUACUAAUAAUUUAUUAAACUGA